AUGUAUCUGGACGCGCCCCAGCCCGUUCCGUACCAGACGGGCACCCCACGUCAGCCCGUUUCCUACCCGGCUGCGGUCCGCCCUCACGCUCACCAAGCUCCUCAUUCGGGAACCGUCAUCAUCCUUACGUCCCGGAGGGACACAACCAAGCUGGCAGGAAAUAAGCGACGCAGUUAUCCUCAACAGGGUAGUGGGUUACUGAACAGAAUGUUCAGUGGCUCCUCGAGCCCCCCCAAAGGUCAACCCCCCGCGCCCGGAAUCGGCGCUUCACCCAUCAGCCCCCAAUCAGACCUCACCAGCAAGGCUUCCAACUCCAGCCCCAGCAGUGGUGUCCUCCGCACUACUGCUUCCUCCGACCCGCCUCCUGUCGUCGAGAGAAAGCGUCGUCCCAGCACCGUCAACCGAGCGGUGAGCUCGUUCAUCAGUACUGCUCGCAAAUCCUUUGCCCAUUUCGACAGUUCAGAGGACACCCACACCACUUUCCAGUCCACCUCUCCCCCCAUCCCUGAACAUUCGGUGCCGAAGCUGCGGAGUAUGGACCAGGCUUUAAGCACCCCGCAGGGGGAUUGCACUAACGCCGCCGGUGAUUCAUCCCCUACUGCCAACUCGACCUUCCGGGUCGGCGUCACCGAAGACCGGAACCGAAAAUGCCGUCGGACCAUGGAAGACACGCAUGCCUACAUCUACAACUUCCUGGGCCAGAAUCCAUCCUCCGGCGUGAAUGGCUCGUCUCCGCAGCAGAAUGAUCAGGCCGAGACCGAUAAUGGCUACUUUGCAAUCUUCGACGGACAUGCCGGCACAUUCGCGGCCGAUUGGUGUGGGAAGAAGCUGCACGUCAUUCUGGAGGAGAUCAUGCGGAAGAGCCCCAACACCCCGGUACCAGAACUCCUUGAUCAGACGUUUACCAGUGUCGACCAACAACUCGAGAAGCUUCCCGUGAAGAACAGUGGCUGUACUGCAGUAACAGCGGUGCUGCGAUGGGAGGACCGUGUAGCCAGUUCCAACUCGGCAACCGGCUCUACCACGGUGAAGACCGAUGAUAAUGAUACCCCCACCCAAAACAAUGUUCCGAAGCUCCCAAACGCUAGUCGCCAACGGGUGCUUUACACGGCCAACGUCGGUGAUGCUCGCAUCGUACUAUGCCGCAGUGGCAAGGCUCUCCGACUCUCAUACGACCAUAAGGGAAGUGACGAGAAUGAGGGGAAGCGCAUUGCUAAUGCUGGUGGCUUAAUCUUGAACAAUCGUGUCAAUGGUGUCCUGGCCGUGACCCGUGCUCUGGGUGACUCCUACUUGAAAGACCUCGUCACCGGGCACCCAUAUACGACUGAGACAGUGAUCCAGCCCGAACAGGAUGAGUUCAUCAUUCUAGCAUGUGAUGGUUUAUGGGAUGUCUGCAGCGACCAAGAGGCCGUCGACCUUAUUCGAAAUGUACACGACGCACAAGAAGCUUCUAAGAUGCUGGUCGACCACGCCCUGGCACGUUUCAGUACCGACAACCUGUCCUGCAUGGUCAUUCGCCUUGACUCAAGUCGCUCAAAAGCAGACAAAGCACAGAACGCAGACUUGAAUUUAGACACCAAUGUCAAGCCUGCGAGUGGCCCCGACAGUGUCCUGAACAGCGCACGUGUGACCGACGCAGACGUCUACGACAUGGAUGACCUGGACCGCCAGCUCGCUCGCGGCGGCCUUUCCCCAUCAUCGCCCCGCGCUGCCCGGUGA